UCACUAUCUGGAAUUAGACCUUGAUCAUCAAACGCCAUGAACAACUACAGCAUUUCUUUGGUGGGGCCAGCCCCUUGGGGUUUCAGACUUCAAGGUGGCAAAGACUUCAAUAUGCCUCUGACCAUCUCUCGGUUGAGUGAAGGAGGCAAAGCCGCCAAUGCAAACGUGGGAAUUGGUGACGUGGUUCUUAGUAUUGACGGUGUAAGUGCAGAUGGCAUGACUCAUCUGGAAGCCCAAAACAAGAUCAAGACCUGCUCAGGCAAGCUGACUAUGAACCUGCAAAGAUCACCUGCAGCACCAAAGCCUGAUCCUAUUCCUGUGCAGCAAGUAGAGCCUACGGAACUAGUUAAGCCUGUGCCCCUUGCAUCUGCAGUCGCGCCCAAAGUUUCCUCCACAGGCAACACGGCCUUCAAUAAGGCCCCGAGGCCAUUUGGGGCUGUGUCAUCUUCCAAGGUCACCUCCAUCCCAUCACCAUCGUCCGCCUUCACUCCAGCCAAUGCGAGUUUUUCAUCACGUGCUUCCCCUCCACCACCGGCCACUCUCAUGCCUCCCCCUUUCUCUGCCUCGGGACUGCACGCUAAUGCCAAAUCUAAUGCUGACCAGCGUCCGCCUGUGCUGGGAGCUGCUAAACCUGCAGUUAAUGUCCCAUGGCAGCCCACAUACAAUGCAUCCUUGAACACCUCUGUCAACGAAAAUGCCCAGGAGGUGGCAGAGGGGCAGCGAAGAGGAUUCAAAGAGAACCAGGUUGACAAUGCGCAGCAAAAUGGUCCACCACGGAAGCAUGUUGUAUACAGAAAUACAGAAUUUUACCAUCCACCCACUCACAGCAACCACAGCAAAAAACGACUGAUUGAGGAUACUGAGGAUUGGCACCCCAGGACAGGAACGACCCAGUCACGUUCUUUCCGAAUCCUUGCGCAAGUCACUGGCACUGAAUCUAUGAAAGAACCAGAAUCAGAGAAUACGAAAAAGACAAAGGAAAGUCAAACAGAAAAUGGAGACCUGAGCAUACUUACAGAUCUAACAAAUGGACUGGAGUCUCUGCAUUCCCAUUCGGUAGCUACCCAAACCGGCGAGAUCUCUGCUGUGACUGAACAGCCAACUAUCGUGUUAUCAGCUGAUAGGACAGAAGCAAGUUCAACUAAUCCCAUGAUAAGAGAGCCGUCUCUUGCCACUGUUUCUUCUGCCAAACUUGGAGGGUCUAAUCUCUCUCCUUCAUCUUGCCGGAGAAACAUUUUCUUCAGCAAUCCACUGGAAGCGUUGCCCAAAUGUGCACCUCAUCCGCCUGCUUCUGUUCGUAUUUUAAAUAUCGAUACUCAAAUAGCCACUGUGUCUAAAACGGCAGCUACUUACAAUAGGUCAAGCAGGAUAAAAACUGGUUCUGCAGAAUUCUGUGCGCCAGCUACUGCUGGGCUGGUGGCAAACGUAUCUGAACAAUAUAGAAGCCUAACUAAGACCAGCACUGUAGCAACUCAGACCUCUGAGCCACGUGUACACCCCAUGGAAACAGCAGAAUCUACUUUAGCAACCCAAACUGUGGAAUCUGGGUCCAUGCCCCCACAUUCUGCCAGGGAAAUGUCAUGGGAAAAUCCAUUGGAAAGUGUUCCAACAUUUGUACUCUUCCCGUCUACUUCACCUCCAAAGGUAGCAUCAUCCCAAGACAGAAGUAAUGCUGCUGCUGCUGUUUAUGCUGCUGUUGCAAUACGGUCCAGACUCUCGGACCACAGUACCUAUCGUUCGCUCUUGGACGCCCUUCUUAUAACGCCUAUCAUUAAACCACCACCUCUGCAAAGUAUAAGACAAUCGAGGAAAUCAACAAGUGCUUUGAACAUGCAUAAGAGGUAUGACUCUCUGGAGCAACCACAGCUUACGGCUUAUACCACGGCUGCAGUACGAAACAUGCCGGAAAGCCCAGAAAACAGUGCAAAUAGACCAGUUUCUGCUGAUACUUCCUCUGCUCCAGGCUUCAAGCCAACAGGACCUCAGUAUGCGGUCAAAACAUUAGGCUGGCAGGCCUCUAAUCAACCAGCAUCUGGAAGUGGUUAUAGCCCAGACAACAGUACCAAACCUGGACCAACUGUGCCAAGUGAAAAAUCCGCUGUGCCUCGUCCACUAACAGAUGAAGACUCUUUGGUUCAAAGAGCGGAGCACAUUCCUGCUGGAAAGCGAACACCAAUGUGUGCUCAUUGCAAUCAAGUAAUUAGAGGUCCUUUUCUGGUGGCUUUGGGGAAAUCUUGGCACCCAGAGGAGUUUAACUGUGGCCACUGCAAAACAUCCAUGGCAUACAUUGGCUUCGUGGAGGAGAAAGGAGUGCUUUACUGUGAAGGAUGCUAUGAGAAGUUCUUCGCCCCUGAAUGCGCUCGAUGUCAGAGGAAGAUUCUUGGGGAAGUCAUAAAUGCCUUGAAACAAACUUGGCAUGUUUCCUGCUUUGUGUGUGUAGCCUGUCACAAGCCCAUUCGUAACAAUGUUUUCCAUUUGGAAGAUGGUGAUCCCUACUGCGAGACGGAUUAUUACGCCCUUUUUGGUACCAUGUGCCAUGGCUGUGAAUUCCCCAUUGAAGCUGGAGACAGGUUCCUGGAAGCCUUGGGACACACCUGGCAUGAUACUUGCUUUGUGUGCUCAAUAUGCUGUGAGAGUUUGGAGGGCCAGACUUUCUUCUCAAAGAAGGACAAACCCCUGUGCAAGAAACAUGCCCACUCAGUGAACAUCUGAAGCACUAAGGGUUCCUAA